AUGCACAGAAAUCGUGACAAGGAGAUCUUGUGGGAGAAUGUGCUAUCGGAGAGCCCACGCUACCUUCAAGGGAAUUUCCAAAUAACCCGCUUUCUGGGCACCCUCGCACGGAAGCUUAACUCACAGCUGCAAUGCGGGAAAUGCCCAAGUGAAGAGAACCAAAUUUUCCUCCAAAUUGAGCGCUAUCCGGCGAUUUGCGGUGUAUCGAAACGAGAAGUGAUCGGGCCGAAACAUGUCGAAAGCACGAGCGACGAGUUGGCGAAGAAAUUCGUCGACUUUGGAGUGAUCCCCGAAGAGACAUUGAAGGUGAUCAGGGGGGAGAAUGUCGAGAAUCAACACAGCUUCGAAUUGAGUGAAGCGCUCGACUUUUUGACCGAUUUGCUGGCGCCGGUGAUCGAGGAUUGUUUGAGUGACGAGAAGUUGAUUGUCAACUUCUUCAAUGGAGAACGAGAGAAUUUCAAGAAGGAGAUCGCUACGAAUCAGAAGAAAUUGUGGAAAAGGCUUAAUGAGGAAGAGAUACCAAUCAAUUGUCGACAUUUCAUCCCGAAGAGUGUUGCACAAGAAAGUGUCCAAAACAUCUUCAACAACAAGUUACCCCUUAGCCAAAACUCCUGGCAACAUUUGAGUGAAGCGAAGCGACUCAUCAAUCCCAGCGCUUCACAGAAUGUUGAGUCGUUUCGUUUACCCAAUCAGAUACACAUGAUUCAAUCAAAAGAGGCAACAAUUCAAGCAAAGAUCUACGAACUGGAAGAGGAGAAGGAUCUUGAUUUUGAUGCGUUGACAAUCGACGAGCUGAGGGCAGUGUUGCCGAAAAUCGAUAAGAACACGAAAAAAUGGUACAUAGGCAAGAAAGAGCAACGACAACAGCUCUGCUGGACGACGAGUGUACCGUCAUGUGUCCUUUCAUCGAGGUGCUCGACGAGAUGGAAAAACGAUUCACGCGUCGAGUUGAAUUAUUUGAACGAGAUGAAGAAUUUGAAUGUGAUUCCAAAAAUGCUUGUGCCAUUCUUUAUGAGAAAGCGUUAUGUUCCUUAUCUUUUCAAAAACCUUCAAAAGCUAAUGUUUGAGAUUCGACGUGAGUCAAAUGAUUUCCUUCGAAAAAAUCCGAAUGGACGUUGUGAGCUUGACGAGGAAACAUUGAAAUGUGUAAAGCAUCGGAAAGCAUCGUCCCAUGAUGAGAUUUGCUCUAAACUUGGCCGAAGAAUCGCCGCCACAACUUGGAAUUUCUGGCAUAAUGAGCCGAUUUGUUUGCCAUCUAAUGUGCCAUUACCAAAAAUAAACAACAACGACAAGACGCAGUGCCGGAUUUCUUUCAUCAACGAAGAAUCGAAUCAUCGAAAGCGAUCAUCAAUCAAUAAACGAUCUCAGAACAAUAUUGAUCCGAGAAAUGUCAACGUGCUAACGGAUCGUUUCAUCAGUCCACUGUCAAAAGAUAAAUUAAAUUCAACGAGUCAAAUCAAUAAACGAAAGAGUAGCUCACCGCAAAGAGAUCCAAUAAAGCGCCCAACAUAUCGCUGGGUAACGCCUGAAUGGAAGGUGCCGCUGGAUGAGAUCCCACUACCGGAGGGGAUACCACCGAGAACAGUGGAAAGAGCACAGAGCGCCAAGCUCUCAGCACCAGAGCCAGUUGUUCCCGAAUCACCACCUCCAGCUCAAGAGCCACAACCCAUCUACAAUCACAGUCUUGUGAAAGAAGAAGUAAACUCGGCUGAAGACGGGUUUGUGGAAGAACCUCAGUUGUUAUUGGAAGAAGAAACCGAAGUAGAGAAUGAUGGGGAGAAUCGAGAUGAAGCGAUUGUUGAUGAGUUGUCUCAAGUGCCAAACAUCUUUCCAUUGACGAAGAAAUUCCUGCGUCUUUUGGGGAAACAGUGUGGUCGAACAGUGAUCACUUUCAGUGAAGUCGAUGAGGAUAAUUUGUGGACUGUGAGCGUCUCAUUUUCGGAGAUUCAUCCGAAUCUCUUUAGUGGAUGUGCAAUUGAUGAGGAUGUGAGUGUUGCCGAGUUGAAAGCGUACAACCCUUUGUUGGAAACGUUGGCUGACGAUCGAAUUGUCCCACGAGAGUUAGUGCCUUGUAUUCAACAUUGUGCGGAUUGGGGUCCUCCACUCGCCGAGCAAAUAGCUUUACUCUUUGAUAUUGUCAUCAACAUAUAUGCAACAAUCAAUUCUGACGCAAUGUAUGCUCCGGAGAGGGUACACAAGGCGAUUUACGAGUACUCGAGCGAGUAUUGGAGGAAAACCUCGCUCGCUUUGCCUGCAGAGAUUGAGUUACCUGAGUAUUCAUCAAUCCUUUCGAAGCCAGAAAACGCGAAGAACUUGGUGAUGCUAGUGAGCGCUCCACCGAUUGUCCAACAGCCGAAAGUCGAUCCAGAAAGCAUCCACAACUUCUCCAAUUCAUCCAACUCAUUUGCAAGUAUUUCCUGGGAA